AUGCCAACAACCGAUCUCAAAGGGGUCGAAAUGGUAGAGUCACAACCAAUUCGGUCCAAGGACCCCUCCAAUGGAGACACAGUCCACAAGCAGCGCGCCAAGACCACUCCUGGUCGUCGGCCAUCCUCCGGUUCUACCCCAGCAGGUGGCACGGCGAGUGGCACCACAUCUACAAACGGCACAGCGAAAAAGGUCAGCCAUGUGCCCUGUAAGUUUUUUCGUCAGGGCGUUUGCCAAGCUGGCGAUUCAUGCCCCUUCUCUCACGACACUGAGGCAGUGAGUCAAGCGGUCUGUAAAUACUUUCAAAAGGGGAAUUGCAAGUUUGGUGCAAAGUGUGCGCUUGCCCACAUAACUCCUGACGGUAGGCGUGUUAAUACCAAAAAAGACAAGCCUCUGGGUUCGCGAUCACAGCAACAGCACCACCAGCUCUCCUCCAGCAGCGCCCCCACACCUAGUGGAGAUGGGGCCAAGGGCCACGGUAUAGAUGGCCAAUCCAAGACCCCGAUCAAGCCGGCCACUCCAGUCUCGUUGUCAUCAAAAUCCGUGUCCAGCACAUAUUCCUCUGCAUAUCUCUCGGCGUCUCAGGGGGCACUGGCUUCCUCGGGCAGUCCACCUUCAAACUCGAUUGACGACAAUAGUCUGUUGGCAGAUACCGUCACACAGCAGUCUGGAUAUUUUGCAAGCCCUUUGACCAGUGCAUCUUCGGGUGGCAAUACUGGUGUCAUGUCGCCACUAGUUGCUUCGAAAUCUGCUCGAUCCUCGUUCUCGUUCAGCCGAGCGUCAGCUGGAUCGGCCACUGCCCGAUCGUCUUCAUUCCGCUCAGCUGUAUUAACAGAAUCACAAUUAUUCGGAAGUCAACGCGUGGGAUCAAUGUCGAGACUCAGCUCAUCUGGGAUCUCGUCAUCGAUUUGGGCCGACCGGUUAAAAAACCCUUUGGCUUAUGAAGGCUCGGCAAUUGUCGAUGACGACGACGACGAUCAUGAUGGCGACGAUAUUGAAGAGGGCUUUGAGGAAGAUUUGGUUCCUCCGAGCUUAUCAGACCUGCUCACUCCUCAGGAGAGAGAGCGAAGGAACUCGAGACAUUCGUCUUCACACCGACCAGCAAUAGCGAGUCCGCACAAUCCAUCAGAGCUUUGGAGCUCUGCAAAGCCGCAUCGGUCUUCCUCUGGACAGCAAACACGUGUUCUAGAGCCGAUAGGUACGCCUGACAAAAACACACUCGCCGCAGCAUCACAGCUCACAGGGUCGGCUCAAGGGCCUCCUGUUGGCCUCGGUGUCUGCGGCUCUGGAUCAAAAUCUCCUCAUGGCAAUGACAACGAUAUAUGCCGCACCAUGCCUAGCCACUAG